GAACAUUAACGAUUAAUCAGGUUGGAAUUAGAUUUAUUGAUUUUGUUUCAUUUCCUGGUGAAAAGAAAAACACAGAAUUCAAUGAACUCAAAUAAUGGAAGAUAAUUAACAAAUGAAUGACUUUAAUGCUCGCUGAUUGUUAACUAAAGAUGGCGCUCAUUUCGAGAAUGUUCAAAAGAGUCGGUGUCGAAUUUGUAAAAAAAAAGUUUCUCUCUCUCUCUUUCGAUCAUUUUUACUUACUUUUAUUUGGUGAUCAGCGAAAGUUAAAUUGUUCAGAUCAUCUUCAUCUCCAACGAAACUCUCAUCAUCACCAUCAUCAUCUCAAUCGCCAGUAGAAACUGUUUUUUUUAUAUUCCAAUUACUCUCACGAUCAUGUUAACAGUUUGUUGAUCAUCAAUUAUUUUUUUCUUCUUCCUCAUCAUCUCCCAAUUAACUAAUGGAUUUAAAUCAUUUGAACAGGUAAAUUUUACUUAAUCAAAGUCUAUCGACAAUGGGAUAAAAAAUAAUGACUUCUAAUUGUGACAAUUUAAUCAUCUAUCUGCUUGUUAUUCGGGAUUGUAAAUGAAAAUUGAUUAAAUUGCUCAGGAUAACGAGAAACUAAUUGCUUGUUGUAAUCAGAAUCAAAUUAGUAAAUCACCAAUUCCAAUCAUCUAGUGAAUCUUUUCCAUCGUGAUUUUAAUUGUUAUCAUUACGCUUUCUGGAUUAAUUAAACAACAAAUUUGGAUUACAUGUUAUCACCAUUUGUGCCAAUUAAUCAGAAUAGAAAAAUUAAAAUUAAAUCAACUAAUCAAUAAGAUCUGUUAAUGUGCUCCCAAUCAUCAUCAUCAUCAUCAUCAUAAUUUAUUAACCGUUAACUUGUGUGAUAGCCUGAGAUGAAAUUUCAACAAUUUAUCAACACUUUUUGGUUAAUUAACUGUUAUCUUACAAUACAAUUAACUAUUGUCAAAGCUUCCAAUAAAGUGUCAACAAAUUUACAAGGUUCAAAUUGUCCCAAUAUAACCCGGAAUUCAAGGUUCAAAUGUGCCCAAAGUUUGGAGGAACAAGCGUGUGGGUGUUAUGUUAAAGCGUAUAAACGUUGGCUUAAUUCAAGUGUCUCAGUUUCCCAUGAAAAGGGUUCAUGUUGUUCAAAGCUCGAAGUGAAAAAUUGUGUUGAAAGGUUAUUACGGGUUGAGAAACGAGAAUGUAAAAAUCGUUGGGAAAAGGAAGCUAAAAGGUAUGCUGACCUUGUUUUACCUGUUAAAGAAUAUUCUUGUCGAGAUUAUCGUAAGCAAGAAUAUUGUAAAUUAGAUUCGAUAAAUUUAACGCUAAUUAUUUUACUAAUCACAGUUGCCCUGCUCGCUAUUGUUGCAUGUCUAGGAUUCACUGGGUAUGCUUGUUAUAGAAGAUACAAUGAAUAAUAAUAAUAAUAAUAUAAUAUAAAUAAUACCCAAUGUCAAGAACACCUUAGAAUUGUAAUUAUUAUUAUCAUUAUUAUCGUUAUUAUUAUUGUUACAAUUACCUUGGACUACUUAAUUAUUACAAUAUUCAUGACAGAAAAUUUUCACAUCUCAAUUAGAAAUUUUCUUUUUACUUUUCUCUAUUUCUUUUCGUUUUCUCGAAUAGCUAAUUCAAUACUAUUAUUAUCUACAGUUUAUUGAUAUCAACUGUUGAAAAUUUCCCUGAGAAUCGGGAGAAAAGAGGAAAACGAUUUUAUAUUAUAUUCAUUAGGUCAGUUCUAUGAAUUAAGCUUAUUUCUUUUCUGUUUCUUCUUAAUCUUUGGCAUGAAAAAUUCAGUAGAAAACAUUUAAUUUAACACAGGGAAUGAUUUUCCACCCAAAACUCAUGCUCAAACAUCCGAACGAUUUUUAUAUAUAUAAACAACAAUAAUAACGAUCCAAUAAUGAUACUGAUCUUAUCAUUUUCUCAUUUAGUUUCUAUCACAGUUUCAACCGAAAAACUGAAUAAUUCUUAACUUUUUCCAGAAUUUCGUUUACCUUUAACCCUCUUCAGCAUUUCGACUGUUAUUAUCGCUAAUACUAUUAUUAUCACCUUUUAAAACUUUCCUUAUUCUGUUGUCUUUUUUUUCCCUUUUUUCGUUCUUUCCUUAAUUUCCUCUCGUUUCGAAAAACUUUUUUUGUACUAAUUGUAAUUGUAUCAUAGCAAAUGUUAUAUAUAAAAUAUAUUAUCAAAGAAAAAAAAAUGUUAUCAAAUGAUGAAGACAAAAAAACAAAAGAUUCUCGAGAGAAAAGUAUGAAAAUAACUUUCUCUUCCUUUUUGUAUUGUAAUAUAAUAAUAAACACGGUGAAAAUAAUCCAUUGAUUAUUCAGGAAAAUUGUUCAUAAAAAAAAGAUAAACAAAAAAAAAAUGAAAUAAAAUUCAUCAUUGAUGAAACUUAUCAGUUGA